UCCUGCAAGUAUAUACCUCGGCAACUCGCUGACUCUCACAGCUCGUAACUCGUAGCAAGCAGUGAUCACAUGAGCUUUGCUUGAGAGUGUGAGACGUGCACAGUGAGCCGUCAGUGUUUCAGUGACCAAUAAUGGAAGAAGAGCGAGUACUGUCCCCGGUGUCCAACGCCUCCGCGGCCACCUGCAGCAGCUGCAGCUCCGGCUCCCCCGUCGCUUCGUCGCCGUCCUUCGACGAGUCCGGCGGCGGCUCCAGCGCGGCGAGCAGCCGGAAGCGGCCGCGCCGGGAGCUGAAGCGCACGACGUACCGCGGCGUGCGCAUGCGGGCGUGGGGCAAGUGGGUGUCCGAGAUCCGGGAGCCCCGCAAGAAGUCGCGCAUCUGGCUCGGCACCUUCGACACCCCCGAGAUGGCCGCGCGCGCGCACGACGUCGCCGCGCUCGCCAUCAAGGGCCGCGCCGCGCACCUCAACUUCCCCGAGAUCUCGCACGAGCUGCCCCGCGCCGCCUCAGCGGCCCCCGAGGACGUGCGCGCCGCGGCCACGCUUGCGGCCGCGAUGGAGAGCGCGCGGGCCGCAUCUAGCAAUUCUAGCCACGGCGCCGGCAAUGCCCAGGACGAAGAGACGGCGGCGCCGUCGUCUGAGAAUGCGAUGCCGGCGGAUGGCCACGUCCUAGAUCUCGCGCUCUUCGAGUUGCCCGACGUUACGCUCGAGUUCGGCUUCGCGUUGCCGCCAUUGACGCCGCCUUGCUGUUACGAUCUGACAUGGGACGAGCCCUUGCUGCUAUGGGAACACUGAGGAGCAAGGGGCCGGCGAAAGGCGGCAUGCAUGUCACUUUUAGCUUCAAGUUAGAGGUGCUCAUGAUGAUCUGCAUGGUGAUACUGAACACUACUAAUUCGAUCUGUUCCUGCGCUAGUCAUGAUCGAUGCUAACACAUGUCCAAAUGCAAUACAAUAGUUUCCACAAAAGUUAUACAUAGUGGGUACCCUACAUAGUUUAUCGAUACACGAUGUUGUUACAACACAAUAAAGUUCAGUAGUUAUUACUUUCCAUUUCAAGUUGUGUUCAAAG